UCGACAAUCCCCGAACUUCAACCAGCGAACACCUUCCCUGGAACAACUCAUUGUGUCGAAUCAUGCGGAGGACCUGGAUGUGGAUGCUUUUACCCAUCCUCCGGCUGCCUAUACUAUCGAACUUACUUGAAACCGAACUCAGAAAUAUUAUAUGAAGUCAUAGAAUGCGACAUAUGGAAUCCCUCCACCCGCAUCCAACUCACACUCACUACUGGUUCUAACAUCACUAGCUACAACUUAACACUGCGAGACGAUACCAUAGUCACUCACGACAUUUUCUCUUUACAAAUAACUGGGCUCACAACUCCAGUCAUCCCACUCAUGCAACAGCGCUUUAUUCGUUCUGCACCAUCAACAGCAAUCCUCCCGACACAUACUCAGCUACAGUGUCCCAAUAUGACUGCAGCAGCACAACUUCAGAACUGCACGGCCACUCCGGACUGCUCAUGCCUACCUGCAGAAGAUGCCAUUAAGUGCGACUGUAGAGAUGAUGGAACCGCAAGAGUCUUCAAUGACAUACAUCAUACUCUACCCCUCAUAUCUCCGACUUAUUCACUCCAGUCCCUUCACGACGACAUCAUCAUGAAAAUUAGACGAAACACCUUAGCGGAAAUCCUACUCACCAUAAAAGGCACCUUCAAUACCAGUUCAACAUUUCAUACAUUUUUCACAUUUACCAACACUUCGUGCGGAAUACCUGACACGACCAUCACGGGCUGUUACAACUGCCAACAAGGAGCCCAAACCAACAUCGUCUGUACCUCCUCACAGACCACAUUGGCUGCAACACAAUGCGGUGAUACAGCCUUUAUGGUCCACUGCGACCCCACUGGCUUAUCCAAUUCCAUCCGUCUCAGCGCUUUAACAGCCACUCCGAAUCUUAAUUGUUCGUUCUCCUGCGGUGAAAGUACUAAAAAUUUCAACAUCACUGGAGUCUUGUACUAUGUCAACAACAUUUACACACUUCAACAAC